CAGUGUGCUGCGUGUGAGUCUGCGUGUGUGUGUGUUCACCUUCCCUUUUUUUCUGUUCCCUGUCAGCUUUUAGCUGGAGGCCGGCACAGAAUUGCGUAAAUCAUUGAGCAAUCUCUUUUUUGCCAACGAAAAUCCACAGCUCUCUCUGUGUAUAACAGUGUUUCAGCCUCCAGUUUUUUGUUCUCCUUGGCAGCCCAGGUACAUGGAGAUAAAAUGCACAUAAUAACAAUAAGCUGCGUCCUAUUUCUGUGGGUGUGUACACUGACCACUGUGAAAUGUCAAGACUGCACACGUCAAAAGUUUCUAGAGAGCAAACUCUAUGAUGCAAAUUUCGACACAACUAAUCUGGAAGAAAGCUAUUCCGGUGGGAAACAAGUAAGAGUGGGCUGCAAAGUCGGUUACACAGGCUUUUUCAAAAUCAUCUGUACCCAGGGAGAAUGGAUAUCUAAAGGCACCAAAUGUCAGCCAAGAUCAUGUGGUCACCCUGGCGAUGCCCAGUUUGCAGAUUUUCAACUUGAAGAGGGAAACGAUUUUGUCUUCGGUUCAAAAGUUGUAUACACCUGCCACAAAGGUUACCAAAUGGUGAGUCGCAUAAACUACCGGCGUUGCAUGGCUGCAGGCUGGGAUGGUGUUGUUCCUGUCUGUGAAGCUCAACAGUGCCCAGUGAUCAAUGUCGAUGAUAAUGUCCAGGUGAAUGGGGACCCAGAAGAAGCAACCUUUGGCAACGUAGUUCGCUUUAGCUGUAAAUCUAACACUGAAAUCCUGUUCGGCCCAGCGGAGAUCUAUUGUGAUGACAGUGGAUCGUGGAGUAGCGAAGCUCCAAAAUGCAAAGCAAUAAAAUGUGAAGCACCUAAAAUUGAAAAUGGUAUUGUGCAUGGAAAUAUCCGUGAGUACAAUGAACAUGACGUUCUGCAUUUUGAUUGCAUUGACAAAUACAAACGCACUGAAGAGAGACCUUCAAAAUGCACAAAAAUCGGAAUGAGAGCAGAGUGGAGCCCAACGCCUAUGUGUGAACCCAUUAAAUGUAGACUGACACUGCCGCCACUUGAAGGAACCAGCUAUGAACCUGUUUACAGAAAUGUGUUUUCACCUGAUGAACAAGUUACUGUCACUUGUGGAGAGAAGUACUGGAUUACUAGCCCUCGGCACACCUCAGCAGUAACUACAUGCACUGACAGUGGAGAAUGGACUAUCAGACCUGUAUGCAAAGAGGUUACAUGCAGCAAUCAACGCCCGCAACAUGUGUAUUCUUGGAAUGUCUACUGGGGGCAAAAAAUGAUACUUUAUGAUACUGCAAGAUACAGGUGUAGGGCAAACUACAAGAGCCCAGAUGGCAGCUACAUGGCCACAUGCACCAGAGAUGGGUGGAGACCAAAUCCACUUUGUCAAGAAAUAACUUGUGUGGGCGAAGAUAUCCCACAUGCAAAUAUCGUCAACCGCAAGUGGAGAUACACAAACAAUCAACGGGCCGAUUAUGAGUGUGAAGAAGGUUAUAAAGGACGUCCUACUCGAACCUGUGGGGAAAAUGGUUGGACCGGGGAUUCCCAGUGUACAGAAAUAACUUGUGAAAGAGAGGAUAUCCCGCAUGCAAAUAUUCUCAGCCCCAAGCUGAGAUACACAAACAAUCAACGGGCCGAAUAUGAGUGCGAGGAAGGUUAUAAAGGACGUCCUACUCGAACCUGUGGGGAAUAUGGUUGGACCGGGGAUUCACAGUGUACAGAAAUAACUUGUGAAAGAGAAGCUAUCCCGCAUGCAAAGAUUGUCAAACCCAAGUGGAGAUACACUAUCAAUCAACGGGCCGAAUAUGAGUGCGAGGAAGGUUAUAAAGGACGUCCUACUCGAACCUGUGGGGAAAAUGGUUGGACCGGGGAUUCACAGUGUACAGCGAUACUGUGUGACAAACCUGUCAUCCAAGACGCUGGCAUUAUCGACAUUGAGAAGGAAAGUUACCACCACAGGGACCAAGUCCAAUUUCAAUGCAAGAAUGGCAUGAAUAAAGGGUUUACUGUCACCUGUGAGCAAGGUAACUGGACUGAGAUCCAAAGUUGUGCAGCAUGUCCAAAACCCGAUGUUCCCAAUGGAUUUGUUAAAGUUCGCAAAAACAACUACAAGCUGUACUACACCUGCAAUCCUGGUUACAAGCUUUACACCGAUGCCUGGUGGGGUGAAGCUGAAUGUCUUGGCAUAGAGUGGUCUGAAUCAGUCCAAUGCAUCGAGGAAACGAAGUGUGGAGAAAUUCCUGCAAUCCCUCAUGCAAAAGUGGAACGUCAACAUAGAGCUUAUGAACAAAACGAAAGCGUCCCGAUUACUUGUGAGACGGGAUACCAAGCUCAGGAUGACCACUUAAUUUGUCAGGAGGGAAAUUGGACCUUAAAUGGAACAUCACUUGAAACAGCAACACUUCAACACAUCUGUACACCUACUGAGAUGCCCUGUGGUCACCCACCUAAAUUUGAGAAUGCUGUUGUUGUGACUUCAUAUCAGCAGAAGUUCUUGUCUGGAUCUGCAGUGACUUAUCAGUGCCGUGCUAGGUAUAUAAUGGAUGAAGAAAACACAGGAACACUUCAAUGCAUUGAUGGGGAAUGGGAGAAGAAGAGCAUUACAUGCACAUCUCUGUAGGAGUGAUGCUGAUGUUGUUCGCGGCCCAAUGAAGUCUCAGAAAAGAUGCCAAAAAAAGCUUUUCUGUGGUACUUGUCCAUCGGCUGUGGGGGAAAAAAGUAAUGAUGAUGCUUCUUAAGAAGAAUGAUCCAGAUACAUAUCAUCAUUGGAAUGAUUGAUUCAAUUAUUUGUGUAAAAAUGUGAAUUAUGAAGUCCUGUUGAAUAAAAUGAAAGAAAAAAAAGCUG